GAAACAACCGGAAAAGAGGCAGACGAAUUUUUAUUAGCUGUUGGGUGUGUAACACAGCAUAAUACACAGGCGCGAAUCAGUUGUAAAUUAGAAUCUCAUGAAGUCAUUACCUACUGUAAAUGUUUAUUGCUCUAGCUAGGGGGUGGAGUGUGCUAAUCAUCAUGGCUUAAAACUUUUUCUCAACCAUCUAUUCUCACUCUUCGUCAAACGUUCAAGUCUUUCAGUUGCUAAUUAUAAUAUUUCUCCUGUGCACCCUUCACAUUUUGCUUUGUAAUAAUUCUUACUAAAAAUCUGCAUCUCAUUGCUAAAAUUCUUUGCUUGCUACAUGGAAGCACAUUUCCCCAAUUACUCUGUAGCUUAAUUGUAUCAAAGAAAUGGGAAUGUUUUGGGUACAGUUGAGACAGUUGAUGUGGAAAAACUUAUUGAUUAGAAAAAGAUCAAAGAUCAGAGUUGCCACCGAACUUGUUUGGCCAGUCAUUUUGUUUGUAAUUUUAGCCCUUGUUAGGACCAAAGGUUUAAAGGAAUACAAGAAUGAAUGUUUUCUGGAAGAACGAGCUUUACCUUCUGCUGGCCCUUUGAUCUUUCUGCAAAGCUUAAUUUGCACAUUUGACAAUAAUUGCCACAGUUCCCCAGCAUCAGCUAAUCGUCUGAUUGAUGAGUUUGAAUUUGACAAUGUUAGAGGGCUAAUUCGGGAUUUGACAAACAUUUCUAAGAGGAGGAUUACUGAUGAGGAAGUUGCUAAAGGAUCUGGAGUUGCAAUUGAUGUUACAGCUGGUGUUGCAUUUGCCUUCAAGACAAUUAGCAGCGGAUCUAGCCCGAAAACUUCAUUUCCCUUUAAGAAUGUCAUUAGUCGCGAUGCUUUUCAGCGACUCGUAAGCUCAAAAAAUGCCUCGCAAACAUCAGCAUUAUUUGAGUCUAUCGUUCACAUUCCACCACCGGAACUAUCAAAGGAUGUGCUGAGAUAUCACAUAGAAAACCCCCGUCAAGUGUUUUGUAACACUUCGCUUUUGAAAUCAUGGGUAACCGCUCCGGACGAGUCGACUCUGCAAACUUUAAGCCAAGUUUUUUGUCAGUCUACUGCUGCUGAGAUAAUUAGCGUUCUCAAUGGGACUUUGCUAGUCAACCAAGCCCAACGUAUCGUGGAGGAAAAUAUAGAGCAGCCAUUACACCUGGAAGACUGGGCAAAUCUUGGUCGUCUUCUGAAUACGAUUCUUUCUGACAUCAGCGAUUUAGAUUCUCUUUCCAUGAUAGUCAAAAAAUUUUCCAGUACAACGCUUGGAAAAUUAACUGAGCAGUUGUGGAGAUCAAGAAACAAUGAACCUGGAAACGCAACAUCGACUAUGUCGUUUCUCAACUCAACUGCGAAUAUUCUGUGUGGAAAGAAUACGUUGAUCAGAGAAAGGAAACCUUCCGACUUUCCAGAUGGACCAGAGUCCUUCCAAAUAGGAAGACUCUCCAAAUCCCAGUCUGCAACCGUAACACGCUCUAAUCUCACGAAACCUUGCCUGCAGCUUUUUAUAGGCUUACAGCAGAAUCCAUUGACUCGCAUGAUUCUCGAACUCUUUUAUCCAUUUAUUCGAGGGAAGCUUAUUUAUGCGCCCAAGAAUACUGCGUUUGACCGCGUGAUUAGUCAUGUCAAUGAAACAUUCCAAGAUUUAAGGAUUGUACAGCGUUUUGCGGGCAGAUGGCUGGAAGAAAUUUCACCUGCACUUAGGCGUUUUCUGAAUCAACUGGAUCCAACAACCAUUGCAAAUGUAACAGAAAUUAUCAAGGACCGUGUCCCUGGACUAAAUAAUGUGACUUCGUUCCCAACGAACAUGUCCAAUCAAAUCAUCAGUAUUAAGGAAAGUUUGGUGAAGCUCGAUCUUGUCGCAAAUUUGGUCAAUACUUAUGUGGAAUGUUACGAAUUCGACAAAUUUGAGGGAUAUGCCACUGAAGAAGAAGCCGUCGAGCGUGGCAAGAGUUUAAUCGACAUCGGUGGAUUGUGGGCAGUGAUUGUUUUUAAAGCUCAAAACAAUAACCUCACAUCACAGGAUCUACCUCACAACAUCACUUACAAAUUACGCAUGGACAGUUCUAAAAUCGAUAGCACAAAGAGAUUGCGAGAUUUCUUCGAAACACCACUGCCCCGGACAAAUCCCACAAAGUACAUGAAGUAUUUCACUUCUGGCUACAUUUUCCUACAGGACAAAAUAGAACAAGCUAUAAUCAAGCUGCAAUCGAAUCGAUCCCAACUGCCUGGAAUGUAUAUGCAACAAUUCCCAAGUCCAUGCUACACUUUCGACACCUUUUUCUUGGCGAUUGCGGGUCUAUUCCCGCUUUUUAUGGUGUUAUCUUUCGUUUACACCUGCGCCAUGAUUGUCAAGUCAAUUGUUCGCGAAAAAGAGCGGCGCCUCAAAGAAACGAUGAAAACUAUGGGACUAGGAAACGCUGUUCAUUGGGUAGCCUGGUUUAUUGAUAGCAUGUCUUUUAUGCUAAUUUCAUGUGUUCUUCUCUCCAUGAUCCUAGUGUUUGGAGGAAUUUUGGAGAAUUCAAAUUUCCUUAUAGUACUAAUUUUCGUCCUCAGUUUCAGUAUUGCCACCAUUUGCUUCAGUUUUCUAGUUUCGACGUUCUUUAGUCGAGCGAAUCUAGCUGCUGCUUGUGGUGGGUUCUUUUUCUUCGCUUGUUUCCUCCCCUACAAUUUUUUCAACUUAAAUGGUCAAGAUUACAGCCUCGGGAUCUUGAUACUUGCGAGUUUGAUGAGUGACGUGUCUUUUGGAAUCGGCUGCUUUUAUUUUGCAAGUCACGAGCAAAGUGGAGAAGGUGCACAAUGGAGCAAUAUAGCUACAAGCCCUAAAGACGGCGAUGCGUAUUCGCUAUUGGGAUGUAUUUUGAUGAUGCUAUUUGACGCUGUUCUCUACUUAAUAUUGACUUGGUACGUCGAGACCGUCUUUCCAGGUCAAUAUGGUAUUCCAAAACCAUGGUAUUUCAUGUUUCAACCAUCCUACUGGUUUUCAAGUAAGCGCAGAAACAGUAUUGCCGGGGGCCUUCCAUCAAGUCAUGACGCAGUCGCGGAUUUGAUUGAAGAAGAGUCAAGAGACCUGAUGAUUGGAGUGAGCAUCCGUGAUCUUGGGAAAAUAUAUUCUAACGGAAAAGUUGCUCUCCGAAAUCUGCACAUCGAUUUUUAUGAAGAUCAAAUUACUUCUUUUUUGGGACACAAUGGAGCAGGGAAAACCACGACUAUCUCUAUUCUGACAGGACUGUUUCCCCCGUCAAGUGGAACAGCUACGAUAAACGGGUUGGAUAUUCGUUACCAAAUGGAUGAUAUCCGCCGUCAGCUUGGCGUGUGUCCUCAGCACAAUGUCCUCUUCGAUCAACUAACUGUGGAAGAACAUUUGCGAUUCUAUGCAAAUCUAAAAACAGGGGAACAAAUCGAGUCACGAAAAGAAAUUGACAAAAUGAUUGAAGAUUUAGGGCUGUCGCACAAAAAGCACGAUAUUUCCGAACAUCUUUCUGGUGGAAUGAAAAGGAAACUAUCCAUUGGCUCAGCUUUUAUAGGAAAUUCAAAAACGGUGAUCUUGGACGAACCAACAGCGGGAGUCGAUCCUUACUCUCGACGAUCAAUUUGGGACAUUCUCCUAAAAUAUAAAACAGGUCGAACUAUUAUUUUGACUACUCACUUUAUGGAUGAAGCGGACUUGUUGGGAGAUCGUAUAGCUAUUAUUUCUCAAGGGCAAUUGAAAUGUUGUGGCUCUUCCCUUUUUCUAAAGCAGAAACUAGGAUCCGGCUAUUAUCUUACGGUCGUAAGGAAAGACGAGAGUGAGCGCAAUGUCCUAGUGAACGGCGACGGCCAAGGAAAUGCAGAUCCUGUUUCACGAAGAGCAAAUGAAACCGAUAAAAUUGUGAAUGUAGUGAAACAACACAUCCCAAACGUAAAUAUUGUAGAGAAUGUAGGGUCUGACAUCGUAUUCUGCCUUCCUGAAGUCGAUGAAGCAGGAGUCCACCAGCGAGACAAGUUUCCUCUUCUUUUUGAUGAGCUCGACUUAAAAAUGGAAGAGCUUCGUGUUGAUAGCUAUGGAAUUAACGAUACGACACUUGAAGAGAUAUUUCUAAAGGUUGCCAAUGACCCCUCAGAAGAAAGUUUUGAACCCAAAGUAGAACCGGAACAAGUUCUUGCAGUUGCGUCCGGUGAACAGUCCAUUUUUACUUCUUUGCGAAGAAUAAGAUCCCGGGAAUCUGUAUACGAGGAAGUGCCUCAAACUGAAGAGAAUGUUACUUCUGAUACAUUCAGUCUUCUCUCUUCUGAGAAAUUGACGGGUGCGGUACUGAUUUGUCAGCAAUUUUUUGCGUUGUACGUCAAAAGAUUCUGCAACUCUAAACGGAACUUGAAAGGAUUUUUUUGCGAGAUUGUUUUGCCUGCGUUAUUAAUUAUUAUUAAUCAAUUAACAACCAUGCAACUAAGUGCAAUUUCUCCGGAGCCUUCUAUUGAACUUUCCCCGUGGCUUUACGGAAGUUCAAACGUUGCUUUCUAUGCAAAUGCCAAUCCCAAUGAAAUUUGGAAUAACCGUUACAUAAAGAACAUGUUGAAUGAAACCGGUAUGGGUACAAGAUGCCAAAACAACGUGACGAGUUUUCAGUGUAAUAGUAACACAACCGGACUACUUAAUCCCUUUGUCAAUCCUGACGAUUACGUUGACUUUCAAUGUCCGUGUAACAUGGGUGUUGCUUUUUGCCCCGCAAAUUUAACCGCGGCGACUCUGCUUCACAGAUACAAAUCUGUUUCAACUGACGAUUUUUAUGAUGUAACGGGAAAGGACAUAGCAAUGUGGAUAGUUCGAACCUACAAGACAUAUAAAAAGUUCAGGAGUGGAGGGUUUGAAUUCGGCUUGCAAAACCCUUUCGAAGGUUUAAACUUGACAUUAUUUUCGAAAGAUGUGCAAGACCUAAUGGAGUCAAUGAGAUUUCCAUUACCACUUCAGUUGAACGCUUCUGGUGAAAUUUUGAAUUUUGAAAAUAUUACUCGUUUAAGUGGGACUUUUGAUAAAGUGAAGGUUUGGUAUGAUCACAAAGCUUGGGCUUCGUCAGUUUCGUAUUUGAAUGCUAUCAACAACGUUAUUUUACGUUCAUCAAUGCCAACAUCAAAAACAUUUUAUAGCAUUACAGCAGUUAAUCAUCCUAUGAACUAUUCAACUAAGCAACUAGAAGAUCGAUUCAUGAAACAAGUUGGUAUCAGCGUAUUGCACGCAAUAUCAGUCAUUUUUUCUAUGAGUUUUGUACCCGCAUCAUUUGUCAUCUUUUUGGUGGAAGAACGGAAGUCUAAAACCAAGCAUCUGCAGUUUAUAUCUGGAGUGAAACCCAUAACUUUCUGGGUUGCGUCUUACACUUGGGAUAUGAUGAAUUAUUUGAUACCUAGCGCAUUAGUUAUCUUCAUAUUCAUUGGAUUCGAUCAGCAAGCUUACAUUGGCCCUAAGAAUAUCGCAGGAAUGAUACUGCUAUUGAUCCUCUACGGAUUAUCAGCUAUCGCUCUCAUGUAUCCGGCUAGUUUGGUUUUUUCCGUCCCUAGUUCUGCCUUUGUCGGUUUGGCGUGUGGUAAUUUAUUCAUCGGAGUCAUCACCACGAUUUCCUCUUUCGUUCUUCAACUUUUCGACGACGCACAAUUGAAAUUGAUUGGAAGUAUUCUUAACGAAGUUUAUUUAAUAUUUCCUCACUACUGCCUCGGUCGUGGAAUGAUUGACAUGGCGCAAGUACAUUAUACUACCCAAAGACUUGAGCUUCUUGGACUUGAUUACCCGCGAAAUAUCUUCGAGUGGGAUUACCUUGGCCGCUACUUUCUUUCCAUGGUUCUUCAGGCUGUAGUUUUCUUCAGUUUCACUGUGCUCUUGCAUUAUCAAGUGCUCCCGGAAAGUGUCGUGCGCUACUUUCAGAGAACACAACUUCAACCACUACCCCUUGAAGAUGAAGAUGUUGCUCGUGAACGUGAGCGCGUUGAGCAGAUUGAUGAUGAGUCAACUGAUGAACUUCGCUUACUACGACUUACAAAAGUAUACGGCCGAGGUACAGAGCCAGCCACGAAUAGGUUGUCUUUCGGCUUGAAGAAGGGCGAGUGUUUUGGCUUACUUGGAGUCAAUGGUGCUGGAAAAUCUACAACCUUCAAAAUGUUGACGGGAGACGAGACGGUUACUAGCGGUAAUGCGUUUGUUGGCGGCUAUAGCAUUUUGUCGAACUUGACAGAAGCGCAACAAAAUUUAGGAUAUUGCCCGCAAGAAGAUGCGCUCUUAUCACUCCUUACUGGCGCAGAACACUUGAGGUUGUUUGCAAGGCUCCGUGGAGUUCCCCAAAAGCAUAUGGACAAGGUUGUCAAUGAAAGUUUAAAGAAAUUAGGACUUCUUCCUUAUAAAAAUCGAUGUGCUGGGACCUACUCCGGGGGCAACAAAAGGAAACUGUCAACAGCUAUUGCCUUUAUUGGCAAUCCCGCCGUUGUAUUCUUGGAUGAACCAUCGAGUGGCAUGGAUCCGAAAGCACGUCGCUCAUUGUGGUCAGCUAUUAUCGACGCGCUGAAAGGUUCACGUUCCAUCCUGUUGACUUCCCACUCGAUGGAAGAGUGUCAAGUUCUGUGUACUCGUCUAGCGAUCAUGGUCAACGGUACUCUUCGUUGUCUUGGUUCUGCUCAACACCUGAAAAACAGAUUUGGCAAUGGAUACAUGAUCAGUGCUCGCUGUGAAAUGGAGUAUGUCAGCGAUGUCCUACAAAGUGUCCAAUCGGUCAUACCUGAAGCACGUUUGCGUGAGCGACGAUCCCGCCAGCUGAUUUGGCACAUUCAACCCAACGUUCUUUCCAUAGCAUCUUUAUUCAACAGAAUGGAAGCGGCAAGGGCAGCAACUCAAAUGGUGGAUUAUUCAAUCACACAAACCACGUUGGAUGAUGUAUUCCUUCGAUUUGCCCGUCUUCAGAGGGAAACGAAUGAGGAGUCUGACGAUAAUAAUGAGCAAGGGUUAGAAGAUGUGCCUUUGCAUUCUCGGACUAGUCAUGGCCUAACUAAUCAAGAUCAGUUCGCCGUUUCAAUCAACACUGCGUUCUGAAGUUUACCAAAAACAGCGUCGAACAAUCUAGGAAAUUAAUUUUUCGAUUAAAACUUUAUCGUAUUAUAUUCAAUUGGAUCUUGAUAAUCUUUUUUAUAUUUACACGUAUUCGUAUUUCCCCUUCUAAUCGAUAAUAAUUGUUAACAUUUACGUAUUAGAUUUCGAUUUUCCCUGCCCAAUUCCAUCAUCUUUUGAUUCUUAUUGUCGGAAUUUUGCAAAACUUUAGCACUCGUAGACGUAAUAUCCUAACGGGCGAAUUCGGCCAGAAUCAGCAGUUGAAAAUGUUAUUCAGUCCACUAAGAGUCAGUUUUGUGGUUUAAUUUUCUUGUUUUGUAAUGCCGGAAGUCCAAAAUACAACUUUUCCCAGCUUCGGAAAAGCAACAGAUGGACAACAA